GAGUUGAAUAAAUUAUGAACUCAGUUCUCAUUUUCCUUCUUCUUCUCUCUCUCCGCCGCGCCGGAGCUUUCGAUUCUCCUCCACCACCACCACCAUCAGCCGACCUCUGUAAAUCCACUCUCUACCCUAAGCUCUGCCGCUCCAUUCUCUCCUCAAUCCGAUUCUCUCCCUCCGAUCCCUACGGCUACGGGAAAUUCUCCGUCAAGAACUGCCUCAAACAGGCGAUCAAAAUGUCGAGCGUAAUCGGCGACUAUCUCGAUCGAGGAGGCGAUUCGAGGCUGAAUCAGCGGGAGGCCGGCGCUCUGGAAGAUUGCAGAGAUCUUUCCGAUUCCAAUGUGGAGUUUCUCCGGUCGAUUGAGAGCGUAUUGGAGGCGGCGAAGGGCGUGGAUGAGGAACUAGUGGAGCGCGUUCAGAGUAUUUUGAGCGCGAUCGUCACGAACGGCCAGACUUGUAUAGACGGAUUGGUGGAAUCGAGGAGUAGUUUGGGGAAUGCGCUAACGGCGCCGAUGUCGAGCGCCGGGCAACUGUACAGUGUGUCGUUGGGAUUGGUUACAAACUCGUUGUCGCGACUGUGGAAGAAGCGGCGGAUGAAGGGAGACGGAGGGGAUUCCGCGGCAGGCGCACGGAACAGAGAGCCUCUGAACACGCUGAUCAAGGGACUACAUAAAAUGGGUUCAUGCAACCAAUCCACAGGCUGCUCAGGAAGGAAGCGUUUGUUGGCUGAUUUAGGCACCACAGGAAUCUUCAUCAACGAUACUGUGGUUGUUAGCUCUACUGGUGCAGACAACUUCACCUCAAUUGGAGAUGCUAUUGCCUUUGCUCCCAACAAUUCAAUGCCUCAAGAUGGCUACUUUGUUAUCUAUGUUAGAGGAGGAUACUACGAAGAAUACGUCGUCGUCCCCAAAUACAAAACCAACAUAAUGCUCAUUGGCGAUGGCAUUAACCGAACCGUCAUCACUGGGAAUCAUAGCGUUGUCGAUGGUUGGACGACUUAUAAUUCCUCUACAUUUACUGUUUGUGGGGAUAGAUUUGUAGCAAUAGAUGUGACAUUUAGGAACACAGCAGGGCCGGAGAAGCACCAAGCAGUAGCACUAAGGAGCAGUGCAGAUCUCUCAACAUUCUACCGCUGCAGCUUCGAGGGCUAUCAAGAUACUCUCUACGUCCAUUCUCUAAGACAAUUCUACCGAGAAUGCGACAUUUACGGCACAGUAGAUUUCAUAUUUGGCAAUGCCGCUGCAGUUUUCCAAAAAUGCAAUCUAUACGCCAGAAAGCCACUCCCGAACCAAAAGAUCGCCAUCACGGCACAGGGCCGAACCGAUCCAAACCAAAACACAGGUAUCUCGAUCCACGACUGCACUAUCAAGGCAGCCCCCGACUGGGAGACGGAUUAUUCAAACUCGACGACGACAAACUAUCUUGGACGACCGUGGAAGCAGUACUCAAGAACAGUGUAUAUGCAGUGUUACAUUGGGGAUUUGAUCAGCCCUGUGGGGUGGUUGGAGUGGAAUGGAACAGCAGGGUUGGACACUUUGUAUUAUGGGGAGUUUGAGAAUUAUGGGCCAGGAGCUAACACAAGCAUGAGGGUGGAUUGGCCUGGCUAUAGCUUGAUGAAUAUUACUCAAGCUAUGAACUUUACUGUCUAUAAUCUUACUAUGGGAGAUACAUGGCUGCCUUACACUGAUAUUCCCUUCUCUGGUGGUUUGGUCUAAAUGAAUUCACUGCUACCCAUGUUUGAGAAAACUUGAUGAACUGCUAUCCAUCUGUUGAGGAAACUUGAUGAACUGCUACCCAUGUUCGAGGAAACUUGAUGAACUGCUACCCGUGUUUGGAUGAACUGCAACCCAUGUUUUGAUGAACUGCUACCCAUGGUUUCUAAACUCACUACUCUACGAGAUUGCAUAAGAAACACUUAAUUUUUGCCUUCACUCAGAAUUUGAAGCCAAAAUUUGCCACUUCCAAUAUUUAUAAUUUUAGAAGGAAGAGGGGAUUCAAAUCUUUAUUUAUAGUUGGUUUGUUGGAUUUUGAAAAUAUGAUUUUAAACUCGAAAUUUCAUGAGAGCUUAUGUUUAAGGUAGACA